UUGGCCCCUGAGUCUAACUCAACCACUAACUCUGGUUAAUUAUUUGUCAAUUGAUGGGCAUAUUUGUAAUUUUGCCUCCCUACCUACUUUAUAAAAAAUAAAACAAUAAUUUAAUUUGAUGGAUGGGAAAUUAAAACCUUUGACUUUUUCUGCAAGUUUCUUCUUCCCUUAAAUUACAAAGAUGAACCUGCAACUUUCAGUAAAUCAAAACGUACCAAUUCCCCACAACAAAUCAAAACCUCAAUAAUUUCAGUAAUACUUUCGAACACAGAAGCGAUCAAAAUGGUCGGAAUCAUGAACAAGAUCGGAGACGCACUCCACACCGGCGGCAACAAAUCCGACGACAAGAAGCACGAAUCUGACCACAAAUCCGAUGACAAGAAGCACGAAGGUGAUCAAUCGAAGUCUGAACACAAGGAGGGGAUAAUUGAUAAGAUAAAGGAUAAGAUCCAUGGAGAAGAUAGAGGAAGUAAGGAACACAGCAGUGAAGGAAGUAAGAAGAAGAAGGAUAAGAAGGAGAAGAAGAAGAAGGAAUGUGAUCAUCGAGGCGGCGGUAGCACUCAUUUCACGUAUCUUAAUUCGUUUUUGUACUGAUUUCAUGUUUCUCAAUUCCGUUUGACCUAAUUCCAGCUGCUCGAUUGGUUUUUCCCUAAUUUCACUAUUUCAAUCCUUUUUUGUUAACCUAAUUUCACUAUCUGAACUUGUUUUUGCAUCGAUUAUUAGAGCAUCACCAUUGUUUAACCGAUUAGGAUCUAAUGAGAAUUGAUUUUAUGUGUGAAUUGAUUU